ACAUCUGCGUGGACGUCGAGUCGAGCCGCCCAGAUCGCUGCCGUCCCAGACCUCCAAAUCUCGCCCGAGGAAGAAGAGAUUUUACGGCGGCGAUGGCGGCGACCGGCGACGACGUCCCCAUCAUCCAGGCGGAGAACCUCACCAGCAACGUCAGGUCCAUCCUCUACAGUCGGACGUUCUUGUCUAUCACUGGUGGAGUUGUUGCCGGUAUAUGGGGAUUCACGGGUCUGACCGGUUUCAUCUUCUACUUUCUGAUAAUGAUGGUAGCAUCGCUGGGGCUCUUGGCAAAGUCAAAGUUUUCAGUUCACACAUACUUCGAUAGCUGGAGCAGGAUUUUAGUUGAAGGAGUUUUUGGUGGCCUUAUGUCCUUCGUGCUGUUCUGGACAUUUGCGUAUGAUAUUGUCCACAUCUUCUGAUGGAAGGAGCUGAAGUCAGAAGAACACAGCAUAUCACAUCUUCUGAUGGAAGGAGCUAAACUCAGAAGAACAAAGCUUGUGCAAGCUUUUUCCCUAACCUGAUGGAACAAUGAAGUCUCCGGUUUAUCCAUUUUUGUUGUUAGUUAUUAUACUACUGUCCAGUUUGAUGAACUGCAACAAUGUAUAUGCCAAUUUGAUGGCUAGUGUAUCAGUAAUCAGUUAUCCCGUUGUAAACCUGCAAGUGAGAAAAUGUGCAACCCUCUCUCCCCGAACAGUUAUGAGUUAUUACAUUGCUCGUUUCCUGGAUCCA